AGAUUUUGCUCGUACACAAAGCAUGAGUUCUGAGAUUAGAUGUCCUUGUAAAAAGUGUAAAAAUUGUUGUUUUAAGGAAGUAGAUGAAAUAAGGGAACAUCUAAUGAGAAGGGGGUUUGUUGAAAAUUACUAUGAGUGGGAAUAUCAUCAGAACACAGAGAUAGGAACAACAUCUGAUGUUGCAGCGGAAGUCGGAGAGCAAUCGUCAUACAAUCCAAAUCCAUACGCACAGAUGGUGCAUGAUGCAGCAGCAAGUGUGUUUCCAGGCAAUUACCAUCACUUUUUUCCCUCGUGAUUCCGUUCAAAAUAUGGAUGAGAACGAUGGAGACGAUCCUCGUUCGAAUCUUCCAUGGCUACCCGUCAUAAACAAGUAAAUCUUUUAAUUAUCUUAUUAUCAUUAAUAUUUAUUCAAUAUUAAAAUUUCAAUGUUUACUAAUUUUCUUAAUUAUUGUAAGAUUUAAUCCGAUAUCCGGAAAUACGAUUGCAUCCAAAAUAAGGGCUACCUUCAAUCAUAGGCAAGAUGUCGAUGGUAGUACUUGGAAGGGUGUGACAAAACACACCAAAGAUUUUUAUUUUAAUGAAUUUAAGAAACAAUACAAAUGGGACCCUCGUCUCAAACAUUUUGUUCGAAGGUCGUGGGAAGAAAAAGCGGCAAAGCGCUAUUCGGAUAUGCUUUUCAAAUGGCGUAAGACGUUGAAAAGCAAGCCCGAAUUUAAACCUCCUUCCAUCGAUAAUGAGACCUGGGCGCGAUGGAAGGCAGAUUGGGAACGCCCAGAUAAUAAAGUCGUUUCGGCUAGAAAUUCCUCCAACCGACGUGGAGGAAAAGACAGAGCUGAAGCCACCCAUUUAGGUGGCUCAAUCCCGCACGCCAGAACAAUGCGGGAUUUGGAACAAUCACAAGGUCAAAGACCCACGGCCUACGAAAUAUUUACCCGAACGCAUGGGGUCUUUGACAAUGACACAGGAGAUUGUUCCCAAUGGACAAAUAGCAAAUGGACAAAUAGCAAGUCACAAAAAGUUAAUGAUGAAUAUCGUUCUUUGAUGGAGGAGAAUCCAACUCGCGACCCAAGUAAAGUUUGGUUGGAUGCAAUAAAAAACGUAGAAAGCGGGUCAAAUAAAAAAUACAAAAAAAGCAAAGAGGUUUUUGGGGUUGGUUCCGCCUCUCAGAUUAUUUAUCCUCCCGAGCCAACGGAAAUUUCGUCUUCUCAGCCUGCACAACCUGAUUAUGACGCCAUCAUACAACAAAGGUUUGCGGACUUAGAAGCCCGGCAAAUGGAGUUUAAUAAUCAAUUAUGGGAAGCGAUUCGAAGAGGAAAUGCUCAGACAGCCUAUGAGUAUCAUCAAAGGAUGACUGAACAAUUAGCACGAGAACGAGAACAAUUUAUGAAAUUCCUUGAGUCUAUAAAGGUAAUUAUUGCAAGCGACGGCAUAGCGACGGAUACGUGGUCGCUAAGCUGUAAAGUCAAACAGAUUAGUCUUAUCAAUGCACGCAGCGUUGGCGACGGCAGAGGUGGUCGCCCGUUGGUCGCCAGUCCAUGUCAGAUUAGUCCAUGUCAGAUCUGCAUUGGCGACGGCAUACUUCGUCGCCCAUUAGUCGCUAGCUUAUUACCUUUUGGGCGAUGGAAACUUUCGUCGCCCGCUUAUCGCUGA